GCAGAGGGAGAGGAUGUAAAUGAGGGGAGAUACAGAGGGAGAGGAUAUAGAUGUGGGGAGAUGUUGAAAGGGGAGCAGAGAGAGGAAGAUGAUGUAAAUGAGGGGAUAAGUGAAAGGGGAGCAGAGGGAGAGAUGUCGAUGAGGGGAGAAAUGGAAAGGGGCAGUAAUGAGGUUGGGGGCAAUCUAGGAGAGGUGCGGGAGCGGGGCGGUAGGAGUGAAAAGCAGUGGGACGGUGCAGGGGACGCGGAGGAAUAGACGAGCAGCGAGAAAGGGAUGGAAAAUGGGAUAUCAGGAGUCGGUUUGGAGGGGGAGCGAGAGGGUGGGGCCGGGAGACAAGGCUGUCGUGGCCGCUGGGGCUGGGGACGGCUGCAAGCUGAAGCCCCUCCCCGCCGCUGCUGUCUCCGCCCCGGGCAGACUGUGUGUUUGUGUUGGGAAGGGGGAGGGUGGCAGCUCCUGGAAUAAGUGGGCUGUCGGUAGAGCCCGUAACUCGCAGACAGACAGACAGAAGGAAGGAGAGGGAAGGGAAGGGGUAGUCUCUCGCUCUCCUCUCACACACAUAGACAGGAGGAAGAUGGCCGGCCAGCUGCAAUCUUCACUGCUGACACCAGCCACAUCUCCUCAGCCUCCCUCCUCAUCUCUCCAAUGACAGCCGACAUUUGUCUCUCCUAGAGGCGGGGAAGAAGGGGGAGGGGGACAACAAAAAAAAAGGGACGAGAGGAAAAAAGAGAAAGAGGCUGUGGUAGAAACAACAUCAACAACAACAAAAAAAUCCAGACGGGCAGAAACCGGCGCCGUCACAUUCCGGUUGGAGGAGGUGGAGGAGGAGGAGGAAGAAGAGGAGGAGGGAGGAGGCGAGCGGCUCCCUCCCUCCCUCACUCACCAUGGCAGAGAUGGAGAAGGAGGGAAGACCGCCUGAAAAUAAGAGGAGCAGGAAACCGGCUCACCCCGUCAAGAGGGAAAUAAACGAAGAGAUGAAGAAUUUUGCAGAAAACACCAUGAAUGAACUCCUUGGCUGGUAUGGCUAUGAUAAAGUGGAAUUAAAAGAAGGGGAAGACAUUGAGAUUAAGAACUACCCUGUGGAUGUUGAGGGCCGUCAACAUGUUUCUGUACUGAAAGAAAAUUCCUUGCCAAAACUGAAACUCUCUGAAGAUACUGUUAUUACGUCGCCAUCGAACUCCAAUUCAAGUUUUCCGGCCAUGACUGCUGGAAACGGGUUGGCAGAUAUGCCGGCUGGUUCUAAGGACCAUGGGGGUACUCCCAUCAUCGUCCCAUUGAUCCCACCACCGAUACUCAAGCCGCCAACAGAUGACGAAAUGAUAAACGUGCAGAUAGUCUGUGCCUGGUGCCAGAAGCUGGGAAUUAAGCGUUAUUCCCUGAGCAUGGGGAGUGAGGUUAAAAGUUUCUGCAGUGAGAAGUGCUUUGCAGCUUGCAGGCGGGCUUAUUUCAAACGCAAUAAGAGUAUGCCAUUUACUGCGGAAGGUUGUGCGUUUGAGAGUAGUCCUGGGUUCCAUCAUUUUCAACAGGAUAGAAUAAAAGACACAACAGAUAGGACCUCCAAGACGUUGACAGCCAAGAACUUGAAACUGCUUACCCUUUCCACUGGUGACCCUUCAAUGAGGACUCGUGUUAGUUUACCUGAUUUCGCCUUCCUAAACUUCCUUGGUUUUGCUGCUCUUGAGCACAAGGUAUGUGACUGGUGCAAGCACAUCCGACAUACAAAAGAAUACCUAGACUUUGGAGAUGGAGAGAGACGGCUACAAUUCUGCAGUGCAAAAUGCCUCAAUCAGUACAAAAUGGACAUUUUUUAUAAAGAAACACAGGCCAAUCUUCCUGCUGGCUUGUGCAAUACCAUGCACCCUCCAGUGGAAAAAAAGUCUGAUAACACAGGCGUGCAACUACUAACUCCAGAGUCUUGGAACAUGCCACUGACUGAUACCCGGAGGAAGCCUCCAUCUCCUGUGGCACCUUCCUCACAAGCUCAAGUCCCUAUUGUUUCUACUGCCCUCUCCCCGUCUGAUACUGCCAGUAGCUCUGCUGCCAAAAUCCAAACUCCAGUCUCUAAGCCAAUAGCUGCAAAUGAAAACCCAAACGUUCCUCCAAUCCAGCUUCAGCAGCCAGCUGGCAUUGUGCCUCCAGUGGGUGGCCCCCAGGGCAAUCCCUCUGUGGUAAUGACCAAUCGAGGACCCGUCCCUUUGCCAGUAUUAAUGGAGCAGCAGAUGAUGCAUCAGAUUUGUCCACCAUUUAUCCGAGGACCGCAUGCUCCAAGCCCUAACAGUCCCCUGUCAAACCACAUGAUAUCAGGACAUGGCCCAUCAACAGGUGGCUCCAGGACCAUGGGUCCUAAUUCAAGCCCCAUGCACAGGCCAAUGCUCUCGCCACAUCUCCAUCACCCGUCAGCACCGUCUGUGCCAGGAAAUCAUCAAGGGUUACUUCCCCCAGCAGCACCCCUACCUAAUGUUUCGUUCCCACAUGUUAAUCUGAUGCCAAAUGGCCACAUGCAUGUCCCACACCUUUUAAACUUUGGAGUGCCAUCACUUGCUCCCUUAGUUCCUCCUCCGACACUCUUGGUGCCCUAUCCUGUUAUUGUUCCACUGCCUGUGCCCAUUCCAAUUCCCAUUCCAAUCCCUCACAUGUUUGACUCCAAGAAUACCAAUGGUGUUUCCAGUAGUGCUGAGAGUUCAAUUCCAAGUACAACUAGCAAUGAAGAUGACACUAAAGAUCCAAGUAGUUCUUUGGCAUCGAAUAAUGGGCAGCAGGGAGCUUCAAAGCAUAUUAAAGCCUCAACUAACUGCUUGAGCCAUUCUUUGAACCAGUCAGCCAUGCUUCUUGACACCAGCAGGAGUGAGAUUGUCGAUCUAACUGUCAAGCCUAACGGUCCAAUUAAAAGCGAUUUCUCUUUCUCUGACGCAGUGGACUUUCCACACGAUGAGGUUAUAGACUUGACCAUGAGCCAUAGAAGCAGACUUAAUCACAUUGGUCACAGACCUCUGCAUGCUUCUGUGAAAGUUGAAAAUGAAGGCAGAAGUGUUGUAGACUUAACUCUUUCCAGUCCGGAUAAAAGGAACUGUAUCGACUGUAGGGAUUUUCCUCAUUUGAACCCUAUUGAAACGAAGGUGUUAACUUGUAGCGGUCCUUCGCACUGCAGCACAAUCCAGCUAAAUUCAGGAAGCUCGGGAGGUGACUCAGAUCUAGCACCUUGCAAUCUGGUUAUGAACGGCACAAAGAACGUGGAUGGUUCCCACUUCUCAGAAAAUCCUUCAGAUAAGCAGCCACCACAGCAACAACAACAGUCACAACCACCACAGCAGCAGCAGCAGCAGCCACCACAGCAGCAGCAGCUGGAGGAGAUCGCUGUCAACGAGCUGGAGUCUGUCAAAGAAAACAACUGCACAUCAAACUGUCAGCUGGAGUUAGAGGCAGGUAAGAAGGCCUCAAUUGAGUCACCCCUGGGUGGGGUGGACAGGCAGGAUGUAAAUCAUAACCCUGCAGAUGAGGACCAUGCAUAUGCCUUGAGAGUAGUACCCAAGACGGGCUGCUUGAUUCAGCCUGUGCCAAAAGCGACUGAAAAGACUGCCAUAGCACCCUGCAUAACCUCAACGCCAAUACUCAACACAGGGCCCGAGGACAGUGAGCCGCCACUGAAACGCAGAUGUCUCCGGAUUCGAAACCAGAACAAGUAAAGGGAUCUCGGUUGACAGUCCGCUGAGCAGCCUGGAGCGAUGGAGCAGCACGACCAACUUCCCCGCCGCCAAGACGCCGGCCACCGGCACCUCUCCCGACCGGCAGGCUUCCAACCAGAUGAUAUCCCACCGGAAGCGGC